GAAGAUUGCUUUGCGAUUAUUAAAAGUUGUGUUGAAUGUUGAUUGUGCUUCGGGGAUCUCCACACUUUAUCUCCAAUGGAGCUGGAGGGCCAGUGGUGGAAAGGGCAACUUGCCGGAGACAUAUACCAAGCUCUUCGCAACAAAGAGCUCAAGUUGCCUUCCUACAAAGGCCAGUCCCCCCAGCUCAGUCUCCGGCGUUAUUUCGCAGAUCUGAUUGCAGUCAUAAGCAAUCGCUUCAGGCUCUGUCCCACAGCCAGGCACCUGGCAGUCUACCUUCUUGACCUGGUCAUGGAUCGCUAUGAUAUAUCUGUGCAGCAGCUGCACAUGGUCGCACUCUCCUGUCUGCUGCUGGCAAGCAAGUUUGAAGAGAGGGAGGAUCGUGUCCCAAAACUGGACACACUCAACAGCCUGGACUGCAUGAGCUCCGUGAACCUGGUCCUGACGAAGCAGAACCUUCUGCACAUGGAGCUGCUGCUGCUGGAGACCUUCCAGUGGAAUCUCUACCUGCCCACGGCUGCCCACUUCAUAGAGUACUACCUGUCCAUUGCCGUCCAUGAGUCCGACCUGCACGGUGGCUGGCCCGUGGUCAGCCUGGAGAAAACCGGGCUCUACAUGGCCAAAUACGCCGACUACUUCUUGGAGGUCUCACUCCAAGACCAGGCAUUCCUAAACUAUGUGCCAUCUUUGGUGGCUGCAGCAUGUGUGGCGUCUUCCCGUAUUGUCUUGCGCCUGUCCCCUACCUGGCCCUCCCGGCUGCAGCGGCUCACCGCCUACUCCUGGGAUCACCUUGUAGCCUGUACUGAGCGCCUCCUCAUAGCACACGACAGUGAUGUGAAGGAAGCAAACAAACAGAAGCUUCAGCAGUCCAACUCCCAGUCCAGUCAAGCACUGUUCCAUGGCCCAGGACAGGUGUCCACUGUGCCCCAGUACCUGCCCCACCCCACUCUGCAGUUAGCACAACAGACCUGUCAGCCCAUGCCAGGCUCUGCCCAUGCAAACGCCUCCUUCAUGCCCCACCCUGGUGUGCUGCAGAAAGGUGCCCAAUCACAUGACCACCUUCAGCCAAUAACCCAUGCGCACCCUGCCCCACUAGAUGCCAAGGUCAACCUACCCUUUAACAGGGGCUACCAGGUUAACACACACUAUACCUGCGCUGCCCCUUGCUUUGACAGGUGA